AAUUAUGGCCAACGCCUGGCACGAGUACAACCACCACAGACACUACAACCACUUCAACCACUACAACCACUUCAACCACUACAACCACUUCAACCAUAACGCCACAUACGCCAAGACCAGCCAGGUUCAGAUACAGCACAACACAGAGACCGAUUGGUUUGCAUGCAGAUCCUCUGAAAGAUCACAUUCCACUGAUCGCCGGGGCUGGAGCUGGAGGGUUUGUUGCCUUGGUUGUCACAACGCUUGCUAUCUUCUUCUUAAGAAGGCGACUUGUACGUGCUCCGGACAAUCCCGACUACAUGACACCAGGGAAACCAGACCUCAAUCGCUCUGA